UCUGCUCUGCUCGGUAAAGCGGAAUAAGUAUACACCCACUGACUACUGCGGAGACUGCAUUGCUGUAAAUGCUUCAUGGCCACUGCAGAUGUCGGAUUGAACAUACAUCGGGUUUUACUGGUUCGCUGCACGGAUAGCGCUGCUGUAAUCAGUCUGGUAUUUUACAGGCUUCCCUUACUGGGCCUCAGACAAUUAAAACUAUCUGUACUGUCGAAGAGGACGUUGUUCCAACAGACUCUCGUGUAGAGUUAGACGAUAACAGACAACAGGAUUAUUGGUGGAUAGGGUGUUGAACGUUUUGUUGACUUUAAUAUAACCAGUAAAAUCUUAUCCAGGAUCUUUCUGAAGUAAGAUUACUUUAGAUUAAUCGAGUUUUUAUAUUUUAAAAGGACGUUUGAUUGCUUUAGUCUAGCUGUGACAAAGAAGUAACUGUAGUGUUGCCUAGCUACAGAUUUACUGUCACGUUUUUUUAUUUGAAGAAACGCUGAAGAAAGAAUAGCUAACUAUGGAUCGGGACAGAACUAGCCCGUCCCCCUCCACCCUUCCAGAGUCCCCGGGUUGCAACUCUCCCGGUAGCGCCUUACUGCAGGGUCUGAAGAGGGUGUCUUCGUUGCUGAUCGACUGCAGGAAAACAACAGGGCAGAGUGGAACUUCGAGAGAUGGACACGAGGAAGAUGGAGAUUUGAUUUCAUCAAGUAAGAACAAUGGGACACACCUAAACGUGGUUAUCUCGGUGGGAGGGGCUUAUCUGCUCAACUUCAACCACAUGUUGCUGACGAGGCAGAGAAGUGUGUCUCCAGGUCAGAACACUUCAAGAAACAUCAGCAGAGACAUAUAGGGAAGAAACGUCACCACUGCUGCUCUGACUGUGGGAAGAAUUUCACUAGCCGGAGUUGCUUCAUUAUUCACCAACGGAUUCACACCGGCGAGAGACCAUACUUCUGCUCUCAGUGUGGGAAGAGGCACAUCUCUGCAGGGCGUCUUAAAGAACACCAAAGAAUCCAUACAGGAGAGAAACCUUACAGAUGCUCACAGUGUGGGAAGACUUUUGCUCUAUCUGGCACCUUAAAAUCUCACCUGAGAAUCCAUACAGGAGAGAAACCGUACUGCUGCUCUCAGUGCGGGAGAAGUUUUACUGUAUCUACGGCCUUAAAAUCUCAUCUGAGAGUCCAUACAGGAGAGAAACCAUACUGCUGCUCUCAGUGUGGGAAGUGUUUUACUGUAUCUAGCGCCUUAAAAUCGCAUUUGAUAAUUCAUACUGGCGAGAGGCCUUACUCCUGCCUUUGUUGUGGGAAAAGCUUUGUUAGUGCAGGAAACCUAACUGUACACAAGCGGAUACAUACUGGAGAGAGGCCUUAUAGCUGUGAUCAGUGUGGAAAGAGCUUUGCUCUAGCUUCCGUGCUGACUUCACACCGGCACAUACACACUGGAAAGAAACCUUAUAGCUGUGAACAGUGUGGGAAGAGCUUUGCCAUCGCUUCCUCCCUGACUAGACACCAGCGAACACACACUGGAGAAAAGCCUUAUGUCUGUCUAUGUGGAAAGAGCUUUGCUCAGUUAGGGACAAUGAAAAGUCACCAGAAAACAAAAACGUGCCCUAUUUGAUCUCCCUCCUAUACGGCACCGGUUCCAGAUCCCUAAAUAAACAAUCAAUAAAAAGCUUCUAGUGAUCAUGCAUACCCAUCUCCCAUUGUUAAACAGUUGACUUAGUCUGAUCACCAUGGUAACCUCUGUGGAGCAUAAUAUGCAGCUCUGAUCUAGGAUCAGGUCUCCCCUGUAUCUAUGUAAUAUCACACAUUGGGAUUUGAAUCGAUAAAUGUUAUCAUAGAUGAUGUCAUAGUCAACCUGUGUGUGUGUGCUCAUAAAACUAAUCAAUGAUACAUUGGAUAAUCGGUCAAUGCAAGAACUAUGCAUAUUGUCUUGUAACACCGGUUAAUGUAAUAACUUUUAGAUUUGUAAUGUAAUAUCUUGUACCCCAGAAAUGGAACGUAAAUCACAGAAAAUAGAUGCUGUGGUGGUAGCUGCAGAGAUUUAUUUGGGUAUAUGAGAUUUGACUUCAGAAGAGUUACAUGGUGUGUUGAAGGGUGAUGUCCCGUCCUCCCAGGCUGUUGGGAUGGAGCAGAUGGGGUCAAAGUAGUGGAAUGGGGUAGUGGGUUUUUAUUGCGUAGGUGGCAGCUCCUGAGAAGUACCUGGUUGUACAAUGUUUUACUGCAGAAGAGUUAUAAGAUGUUUUGAGAUAAAGAAAUAUACAUAAACUCAGCAAAAAAAGAAAUGUCCUCACAAUGUCAACUGCGUUUAUUUUCAGCAAACUUAACAUGUGUAAAUAUUUGUAUGAACAUAAGAUAAACAACUGAGACAUAAACUGAACAAGUUCCACAGACAUUUGACUAACAGA